CACACAGUUUAACAUGAUGGACUAUAGGACAGGACUGCUGCUUUUAACUGUCUGCUGGGCAGCCACUCCAGCUGCACCAACUGUGCUUCCUCUGGGGCAAUGUGGUUCUGGGACUGGAGACAUGGUCACCCUUGGCUGUAUUGCCACCGACUUCUCACCCUCCUCACUGACCUUCACAUGGAGCAAAAAUGGGACUGCCUUGACGGACUUCAUUCAGUGCCCUCCAGUACAGUACGACAACAUUUACACGAGAGUAAGUCUAAUCAAAGUGAGGAAACGGGACUGGGACGCUAGUGAGACUUUCCAAUGUGCCGUGCCACAUGCAGGAGGAAAUGGACAGGCUACUAUCACAAAACCAAGACUGCGGGUUGUCCCUCCAAACAUCACAUUACACCCUGUGUGGGAAGGUGAAUUUGGGGCCUCACCAGUCAGACUCAUCUGCACACUAAGUGGCUUCUUUCCAGACCAACUGAGUGUGAUGUGGCAACGGGACAACCAACCUCUAAACAUUAUGCAAACCCAAAGGAAGCUGCAGAGUGUGGAGGGAGUGGAGAAAACCUUCAGUCUAAGCAGUGAGAUUGAGCCAAAUAUGAAACAGUGGGCAGGUGGCUCAAGUUUUACAUGCAGGUCCAUUCACAAUCACAGUGAAUUUCGAAAAACAAUAAGUAUUUGUCAAACACAGACAAGCGCCCCUCCUUCUGUUCAUGUGGAGGUUCCCAGCUUCAAGACAGUAAUGGAGUCAACGUCUGAUGUGAAGGCAACGUGUUCAGUCCGCACAGUGUUUGAAGCAAAGAUGACCUGGCUGAUGGAUGGGCAACCCCCAUCCAGUAACCAAGUGAACCAGGUCACAAAUACAACUCAUUUAAUAAGCACUCUGACGGUUUCCUCGAGUCGGUGGAAACAACUGAAGUUUCUGAAAUGUAAAGUUGAACAUCGCUGCUUCUCAUCCUCUGAGGAAACAAUAAAUGUUGCAGCGCCUGCAGUUACAGCUCCAUCAGUGGAGAUCAGGAGAUCUCUCCCAGAUUUGCUGAAGGGAAACAGUGCUGUGCUGGAGUGUGACGUCACACAACUCUCCUCCAGUGACCUCUACAUCACCUUUCAGGCCAACAGUGUUGACAUCUCUGACAAACAGUAUGUUGAUCUUCCUGAAGCCCCAGGCCUCCAUUCAGUCAGUAGACGCUUCACUGUCCCUCCAAACUACUGGAAGAGAGACACAAGUUUCACCUGCAGAGUGAAUCAAGGUUUCUCCAGCAGCUUCAAGUCAAACCCCACUGGCAAUAUUUUUGUGGACCCAUCAGUGGAGCUCCUUCAGGUCCCCAGUAAAGAGUCAGGUCCACAGAGGAUCUUGUGCUCUGGAUGGGGCUUCAACCCUCAAAUGAAAUGGUUUCCUGAGUCUCAGCAAGCAUCUCCAUCAACUAAUGACAUCAGCAUGAGUGCAGAUGGACGUGUGGCAGUAACCAGUCAACUUCACAUCCCUCAGACAGAGUGGAAAACAGGGAAGGUCUUCACUUGUUUAGUGUCUGACAAGUCUCUGAGUAAAACAGUUGAAAAGAACAUCAGCAUCUGUUCAGUUUAUUCAAGCGCCCCUCCUUCUGUUCAUGUGGAGGUUCCCAGCUUCAAGACAGUAAUGGAGUCAACGUCUGAUGUGACGGCAACGUGUUCAGUCCGCACAGUGUUUGAAGCAAAGGUGACCUGGCUGAUGGAUGGGCAACCCCCAUCCAGUCACCAAGUGAACCAGGUCACAAAUACAACUCAUUUAAUAAGCACUCUGACAGUUUCCUUUAGUCGGUGGAAACAACUGAAGCUUCUGAAAUGUAAAGCUGAACAUCGCUGCUUCUCAUCCACUGAGGAGACAAUAAAUGUUGCAGCGCCUGCAGUUACAGCUCCAUCAGUGGAGAUCAGGAGAUCUCUCCCAGAUUUGCUGAAGGGAAACAGUGCUGUGCUGGAGUGUGACGUCACACAACUCUCCUCCAGUGACCUCUACAUCACCUUUCAGGCCAACAGUGUUGACAUCUCUGACAAACAGUAUGUUGAUCUUCCUGAAGCCCCAGGCCUCCAUUCAGUCAGUAGACGCUUCACUGUCCCUCCAAACUACUGGAAGAGAGACACAAGUUUCACCUGCAAAGUGAAUCAAGGUUUCUCCAGCAGCUUCAAGUCAAACCCCACUGGCAAUAUUUUUGUGGACCCAUCAGUGGAGCUCCUUCAGGUACCCAGUAAAGAGUCAGGUCCACAGAGGAUCUUGUGCUCUGGAUGGGGCUUCAACCCUCAAAUGAAAUGGUUUCCUGAGUCUCAGCAAGCAUCUCCAUCAACUAAUGACAUCAGCAUGAGUGCAGAUGGACGUGUGGCAGUAACCAGUCAACUUCACAUCCCUCAGACAGAGUGGAAAACAGGGAAGGUCUUCACUUGUUUAGUGUCUGACAAGUCUCUGAGUAAAACAGUUGAAAAGAACAUCAGCAUCUGUUCAGUUUAUUCAAGCGCCCCUCCUUCUGUUCAUGUGGAGGUUCCCAGCUUCAAGACAGUAAUGGAGUCAACGUCUGAUGUGACGGCAACGUGUUCAGUCCGCACAGUGUUUGAAGCAAAGGUGACCUGGCUGAUGGAUGGGCAACCCCCAUCCAGUCACCAAGUGAACCAGGUCACAAAUACAACUCAUUUAAUAAGCACUCUGACAGUUUCCUUUAGUCGGUGGAAACAACUGAAGCUUCUGAAAUGUAAAGCUGAACAUCGCUGCUUCUCAUCCACUGAGGAGACAAUAAAUGUUGCAGCGCCUGCAGUUACAGCUCCAUCAGUGGAGAUCAGGAGAUCUCUCCCAGAUUUGCUGAAGGGAAACAGUGCUGUGCUGGAGUGUGACGUCACACAACUCUCCUCCAUUGACCUCUACAUCAUCUUUCAGGCCAACAGUGUUGACAUCUCUGACAAACAGUAUGUUGAUCUUCCUGAAGCCCCAGGCCUCCAUUCAGUCAGUAGACGCUUCACUGUCCCUCCAAACUACUGGAAGAGAGACACAAGUUUCACCUGCAAAGUGAAUCAAGGUUUCUCCAGCAGCUUCAAGUCAAACCCCACUGGCAAUAUUUUUGUGGACCCAUCAGUGGAGCUCCUUCAGGUACCCAGUAAAGAGUCAGGUCCACAGAGGAUCUUGUGCUCUGGAUGGGGCUUCAACCCUCAAAUGAAAUGGUUUCCUGAGUCUCAGCAAGCAUCUCCAUCAACUAAUGACAUCAGCAUGAGUGCAGAUGGACGUGUGGCAGUAACCAGUCAACUUCACAUCCCUCAGACAGAGUGGAAAACAGGGAAGGUCUUCACUUGUUUAGUGUCUGACAAGUCUCUGAGUAAAACAGUUGAAAAGAACAUCAGCAUCUGUUCAGGUGCUGCAUUUUCUCCAACUUCAAUGUUUUCAGUAACUCCAGCAUCGUCUCAGAUAGUUGCCGUAUAUGUUCAGGGACCACCCCUCCAGGAGCUUCAGAGCAAGGGACAGGUGACUGUCACCUGUCUUCUCAUUGGCCCUUCUCUUGAUGAUUUCUCCAUCACCUGGAAAGUAGGUGGGAACAGUGGUUCUCUCAAUGUCCAUACGGAGCCACCAGUGAAUCACAGCAAUGGGACGGAGUCUUUGCGGAGCUUCCUCAAAGUGUCAGCGGAGGAUUGGCAUGCAUAUAAACAAGUGUCUUGUGAGGGGAAGCACAGAUGUUCCAACCAGGGCUACCAGGACCAUAUAAGCAAAAGCAGAGACCUGUACCCACCAACAGUGAAGAUAAUACAACCAACUGCCUCUGAGCUGUCUACCUCAGAUGUGCUCACACUUAUUUGUCUAGUUUCUGGAUUUUUCCCGUCUAACAUCAUGGUGUACUGGGAGGAGAAUGGCCAGAGACUCCCUUCAGCUCGCUACACCAACAGUCCUGCCUGGAAACACACAGAGAGCAGCGCUUAUUCAAUGAGCAGCAGACUAAACACAUCCAAAACUGAGGACAAGGAGUCUACGUAUUCUUGUGUUGUCAAACAUGAGUCCUCUGAAACGCCGUUUAAAAGAACUAUAAAGGAUGUUGUAGCUCCUAUCACAGUGACACUGAACCAACCAAGUCCCUCCAAAAUUUUCACCAGCAAUCUCGUAGAGUUGGAGUGUGUCAUUACUGGACAGGACGAGACCAUAGUAAAUGAAACUCAUAUCACUUGGCAAAUUAAUGGACAAGCUGUGACCAACAACAUUCCUGAAUCAACAAAAUCCGGCGGUGGACAGCACAGCAAAACCAGCACGAUGAUUCGUAGUCUGACUGAGUGGCAGAGAGUCAACAAAGUGCGCUGUUCUGCCAGUAAAGACAACAUGAUACCAGUUAUUCAAGAUCUGACUGUCCACAAAGGAGAUGGGAGUGAGCCAAAAGUGACAGUCCAUGUUCUCCCAGAGGAGGACAUCAGCAAAGGAGCUGUGGUCUCUAUGGUGUGUCUGGUCUCUGGUCCUGUGCUGCAGGAUUACUACAUCGCCUGGUCAGAAGGUUCUGGAAAUAAGGCUGGCUUCUAUAAGGAUGGCAUUAACUUCCCCAAACAGAAGACCCAGCAAGGCUACUUAGUUACAAGUGUUUACACCACCACCAAGGAAAAGUGGGACAACCACAACCAGUUUAACUGCAACGUCUGGCCUGCUGGUAGAAAUAGGGCCAUGGAACCCAAAGGAGUAUCUAAGGACCUUGGUGAAUCACUUGAAUGUAGAAAAUAGGAGAUCCAGAUUUAAAUGUGGUAUUUUUGCUAAUGUGUUCCUCUGUCUCUGUGUGUACUGCAAAAAUGCCCAUUGAGUGAAGAGUGUACAUAUAUACAGUGAGGAAAAUAAGUAUUUGAACACCCUGCCAUUUUGCAAGUUCUCCCACUUAGAAAUCAU